CUUUAAUAGUGAAUCACCAGGCCAGGAGAUUACGAGUUGUUCUAUCGUCCAGCUCAAGAAACGCUGAUCCUAAUCAGUUUGAGUCGUGAGGCAGGCGAGGAAGGUUGCAACUUGGAAGAUGUUUCGAAUUCGCUCUACAUGGCUACUGGGAAUUAUGCUGGUGGCGCUGCUCGGUGCGCAUUCAACGGAAGCUUACCUAUGCAUGUGCUACCCGAUGAGCUGCGUACUGAUCCACCCUAAUACGGACUUUUUCAACAAUGCUGAGAAUUUCUGCUCCAGUUUCCGUACGGCAGCCCACGAUAUUUCCAUCAUUAAGCUGAUGGAUACUAAACUGUCUCCGGAGGCGUUCAAUAAAUUUCCGAACAUGACGACGCUUGAGAUUUUUCAAGGUCAGCUCGAGAAAAUUGACUCCGAGACGUUCAGUGCAGCAGGAAAUUUGCAAAAACUGCUGAUCAGAGGAAACAGUCUGACGAAAUUGAAUGAUCAUACAUUUAAGGGUGCCGACAAGUUGAGAGAUUUGAUGAUCUCAUCCAACCCUUUGAGCAGUAUUGAGGAGAAUGCUUUUGCCAACUUACGGCAGCUGGAAAUGCUGAUUUUGGCUCACGGUGAACUCACGUCGCUACCGAAGAAAGUGUUCCAACACAAUCGAAUGCUGAAGAUUAUUUCCCUGAAUGGCAACAAACUGGAAUCUAUUGACUCUGAGGUGUUUGUUGGUCUGGAUGACCUCACGAAGCUCGAGUUGCCGGAAAACAAUCUGAAAGUGUUCGAUUUCAAAUCGCUGAAGGCAUCGGUUAUUGUGAUGAAUAACAACAGUUUGACCGAUUUGACUAUCAACGAGCAUUGCAAUACAAUGUACGCAAGCAAUAACGAAAUUCAAACAAUCACAGUGUUGGGGAACAACCUUAGUAAACUUUCAGUGAUCAAUAACAAAAUUCGCAACAUUAACAAUAUUACCAAAGCGAAAAAUUUGACCAGUUUAUCUUUGGGCAGCAAUCCUCUGGAUCCAAAUACGUCAUUCAGUUCGCUUACCUCACUUGAAGAGCUGAUGCUGCAGUCCACUUUUCUGAACCUCACCGAGAACACGUUUGCCGAUAUGAAGCAACUGAAAAUUCUGGAUCUCUCUUACAACAACUUAACCGAGGCAAACUUCAGAAUUCUCGGAUCCGUAAGUUCACUGCAAGUUCUGAGUUACGUAGGCAAUCAGAUCGCCAGCUUCAAGUACAUCGAAGCACGAGAAUAUCUGCCUCGACUCCGCGUUCUUGAGAUAUGCAAGAACGGCUGGAACAACACGUACUUCGAGACGAACAUCCUGAGAAUGCGUCGCUUCCAGCUUAGCCCAGAUGUGCACGGCUUUUCGUCCCACUUCCUGUUCCGAGAUGACUACAUCAGGAUGUGCUCCGAGAAGCUGAUCGACGACUACAACUACAAAGACUACGUGGAGCAACCGAUCGAUGUUGAAGACGAAAUCAGAGCAUCCUACCCCAAAGAAUUGACCACGACAUCCACUUUCACCACCACAACGACGACAACGACUACACCAGCCCCUACAACGACCACUAAAGCCGCUACCACGACAACGGAACGACCGGCAACGGCAAAGGCCACCGGAGAACGAACCAGACUCUCGGUGGUUGGUUUAGGUACUCUGGUGUUCGUUGCCUACCGUUGGAGAAGGCAUCAACUCGGUGCAAGACCACUGGCCGUAAGCACCGAAACGGCCGAUUCAGUACGAUUGAUAUAGGUUUUUUUUGUAAAACCUUAUAUUUGUAACUUAUUUGUUAUUGUCUACAUAAAAUACAAAAUCUUCUAAUUCUAUUGAGUUCUCGUUAGUUUCAAUUAGAUAGCUGAAAUAGAUGCUUAAUGAUUUUAUAAUACAA